UUUCAUUCUUGGAGCCAUCCGCAUGCUGAUGAUGGACGUCCCAAGCCCUACAACCCAAGGAGAGUCAGUAGAGUUGAUUUGCAGCUAUGAGCUGGACGAAGACAAGCUCUAUUCUGUCAAGUGGUACAAAGAUGAUAUCGAGUUCUACAGGUAUGUCCCAAAUGACUGGCCACCGGGGCAGUUCCUUCCUCUGCAAGGAGUGCGAGUUGAUCUUUCUAAAUCUGGAAGUCAGUCAGUUUACCUGCGUCACGUGGACCUCAAUAGUGCUGGAACAUAUCGUUGCGAAGUUUCAGCUGAAGCUCCCGAGUUCCAGACUGUUGAAGCAGAGAAAGAGAUGAAAGUAUUUGUUUUGCCAACUGAAGGACCCAGAAUUACCGGAGGCAUGUCUAAGUACAGAGUUGGUGAUACAGUAUCGGUCAACUGUACCUCAUCGAAAUCCAAACCUGCUGCCACACUACGAUGGUAUAUUAAUGACGAACUGGCCAGUCCCGAGAAUGAACUAGAACAUUCGACAACCUUGCAUGCAGACGGUCUGGAGACGUCGAGUUUGAACCUAAAAUUCAUUGUAAAUGAGCAUCACUUCAGAGGUGGCAAUAUGAAGCUUAAGUGUACGGCAACCAUUUCUCGAAUCUACACGAUGAGCAAUGAGGAGCUUGUAUUUGGCACAGGACUCAGACAGCAGACAUCGGGUCUGCACAUUACGGAAAAUAUGAGCCACGUCCAAAAUCACUCCUCAAAACUUUGUUCCGUCCACUGGAUUCUGCGCUUUCUCCUCUACUUUGUAGCCGUCAUCAGGAUGUCGGAUUUCGCCAGAUCCAAGCUUCCUCUUGGAUGACGAUGGAAUACUCCAUAAAUGUAAAACUUUCUAAUCCAGUCUGUGAUAUUUAAGUGUGCGGAACAAGUCGUGCCUAUCCUCUGUCAUAGAAUCGGUGUUUGUCGUCGAAAUAUGUUCAGGAAGAAGGACAGCGUUAAUGUUCAAAGGUGGUUUAUAAAUUUAAGUGUUGUUUCAGAUAUAUAUAUCUAUAUAUACGUGUUUGUUGAAAGUACACUCAGUGGGGACUGUUUAUGUAAUAUAACCUCACGUUUCGAUUGUUGUAUGGAAGUUUGUAAUGUACACGUGUUAGUCCGUGUAGUACGUAAUAAAUAUUUGCAGAAA